GCUUGUCAGUCAGCCAUGUAUAAGCGUUUGGAAAUCCCUCCCUCCCUGGAACUGAUCAAAGGGACUGUUUACUUUGUCCGUCCCUCAGAUGAUAUAAAACCUCACUGCCCAGGAGAGACUACAGAGCAUCCUGGAGAUACCAUGGGGUGCAGACUUUUGUGUCUCACCCUGCUUGCCCUACUGGCUGGCUGCUUUGGACAACCAUGUACACUCAUUACACCUAAUGUGCUACGACUGGAGAGUGAAGAAAUCAUCAUCGUAGAUGGGCACAACAAAGCUUUUGAGGCUGAUGUCGAGAUUCAAGACUUUCCCAAGAGAAGUUUUAGCUUAUCAAAGCAGAAGAUCUCCCUGAAUAAUGGCAACAAAUUUCUGGGCACAGCUACAGUCAUGAUUCCAUCUAAAGAUCUAGCUAAAGACCCAAAAACCAAGCAAUAUGUCUAUGUAACUGUGAAGUCUCCCGUGUGCAACAUGGAGAAAGUUGUCCUGCUUGGCUAUCAAAGUGGAUAUGUCUUCCUUCAAACUGACAAGACAAUCUACACCCCAGGGUCUACAGUUCUUUAUCGUAUCUUCUCUAUGGACUAUAAGAUGUCUCCUGUGAAUAAAGCUGUGGUCAUUGAAUUUCUGACUCCUGAAAAUAUAAUUGUUAAGAGAGAUACAGUAAAAACUGAAGGCUCAUCUGGUAUCAUCUCCUUAUCGCACAAACUACCGGAACUAGUGAGUGUGGGUGUAUGGACCAUAUCAGCAAAGUAUGAAGACUCUCCACUGCAAAAUUACACCACAAACUUUGAGGUGAAAGAAUAUGUCCUACCUACAUUCGAGAUUCAGCUGAUUCCAGAGCAGAAAUAUUUUCAUGUGGAUUCUUCAGAAUUUGUAGUGGAUAUUAAGGCGAAAUUCCUCUAUGGGAAGCCUGUAUAUGGCAUGGCAUUUGUAAUAUUUGGAGUCAAGAAAGAUGGUGUAAAGAAAAGUCUAUCAAACACUCUGAGACGAAUUACGAUUCAGGAUGGAGAUGGAGUUGCUAAAUUAAAGAGGAAAGAUCUUGAAGCAAUAUUAAAUGAGCCUGAUAUAUUGGAGUAUACUUUAUAUUUGUCCGUUACUCUCAUUACCGAUUCUGGCAGUGAAAUGGUGGAAAGUGAGCUGGAAGAUAUUCACAUAGUGAAGUCACCAUUUAAAGUUCUAUUUACCAAAACCUCCAAAUAUUUUAAGCCUGGAAUGCCCUUUGACCUUAUGGUGUAUGUGACAAACCCAGACGGUUCUCCGGCAAUUCGGAUCCCGGUGAUUGCUGAACCUGGAGGUGUACAGGGUAUAACAGGAGCAGAGGGGACAGCCAGGCUGACAAUAAACACCGCUUCAAAUGCAAAUUCCCUUAAAGUUACUGUAAAAACCAAAUUUCCUCCAAUAUUUGAUGCUCAUCAAGCAACUGCAACUAUGACAGCCAAUGCCUAUCAGUCGGGUGGAAAUUACCUGCACAUUGGUAUCACCGCCUCAGAGGUCAAACCUGGAGACAAUCUUGCCAUAAACUUUAAUAUUCGUAAUAGCAACGCUGCUGUUCAGAACCAGAUACAACACUUCACCUAUGUGAUCAUGAACAAGGGCAGGAUACUGAAAGCAGACAGACAACCUCGGUUGCAGGGCCAGGCUUUGGUUACCAUGUCUCUCCCCAUCAAUGAAGAAUUCAUUCCAUCCUUUCGUUUAAUCGCAUAUUACAUUGUUGGAAAUGAGAUUGUUUCGGAUUCUAUCUGGGUGGAUGUAAAGGACUCAUGCAUGGGAACGUUGUUGGUGACGGGCAACUCAGAAAGAGACAACAAAGCACAAAGCCCUGGUUCCGCUAUGAGGUUAAAACUGCAAGCAGAUCACAAGGCCUAUGUGGGACUGGUGGCCGUAGAUAAAGGUGUCUAUGUGUUGAACAGCAAAUUUAAGAUGUCCCAAAAGAAGGUGUGGGACUCUGUGGAGAAAUCAGACAUUGGCUGCACAUCUGGAAGUGGUUCCAAUAAUAUGGGGGUGUUCUAUGAUGCUGGUUUGGCCCUGCAGUCAAGUUUCCAAAUAUCAACCCAACAGAGAUCAGAACCACAAUGUGAAGUCCGUGCUGCUAGGAGGCGCCGCUCCUCUGCACAACUUAUUGAACAGAAAACUACCUAUGCCUCCAAGUACAGUGGGUCAGUGAGGACAUGCUGCACGGAUGGCAUGCAUGACAAUCCAAUGGGUCACAGCUGUGAAAAACGAGCAAAAAACAUCUUGGAAGGCAAAGAAUGUGUGGAUGCUUUCUUGGACUGCUGCAAUUACAUCGAACGAAAGCGGAAGGAGGAGAGGGGUCUAAAAGAAAUCGACACGGAUGGCAGAAGUGAUGAUGACGAUGAAUAUCUCCCGGAUGCUGAUAUUGUUUCAAGAUCAGAGUUUCCUCAGUCAUGGUUUUGGAAAAUAGAACAAAUGAAUGAGAGACCUGAUAAUAACGGGAUUUCGACCAAGGUUCUCAACCUCUUCUUGAAGGAUUCCAUCACUACCUGGGAGGUCCUGGCUGUGAGUCUCUCUCAAAAUAAAGGUAUUUGUGUAGCCAAGCCUUAUGAAAUCCAGGUAUUAAAGGACUUCUUUAUUGACCUGAAGCUCCCAUAUUCCGUGGUGAGAAAUGAGCAGGUGGAAGUUCGAGCUGUACUUUAUAACUAUGGCAAUGACAAGAUCAAGGUACGAGUGGAGCUAACUCACAAUCCAGAAUUUUGUAGCCUGUCUACGGCCAAGGCGAAAUUCCGUCAAAUUGUAGAUAUUAGACCUCAAUCUUCUAUAGCUGUUCCUUUCAUUCUGGUUCCAUUGAGCCUGGGUUAUCACGAUGUGGAGGUGAAGGCUGCAGUUUCCGGACAGUUUUUGUCAGAUGGUAUCAGAAAGAAACUGAAGGUUGUGCCUGAAGGUGUUCGCAUUACAAAGAAUGUAAAACAAGUCACACUGGAACCUCAGGUCAAAGGGAAAGAUGGUAUUCAGGAAGAGAAAGUGUCUGCUCUGGAUGAGAAAAACAUUGUACCUAAGACGGAAGUUGAAACAUUUGUAACUAUUCAAGGAAACCCAAUCGGCCAACUGGUUGAGAAUGCAGUCGACGGCUCAAAUCUCAAUCCUUUAAUUGUUGUUCCCCGUGGUUGUGGAGAACAAAAUAUGAUCACCAUGACUCCCAGUGUAAUUGCAACCAUUUUUCUUGAUGCUACCAACCAGUGGGAAAGAAUUGGUUUGAACCGAAGAGAUGAAGCCCUCAAGAACAUCAGGCAGGGUUAUGUACAGCAACUUGUCUUCCGUAAACCAGAAAAUUCUUAUGCAGCUUUCAAAGAUAGGCCAGCCAGCACUUGGCUAACAGCUUACGUAGCCAAAGUUUUUGCAUUAGCUCAACCACUGGUGGAUAUUGAAACCGAUGUUUUGUGUGGGGCAAUCAAAUGGUUAAUUCUUCAGAGACAAAAACCAGAUGGAAUGUUCAAAGAAGAAGCCCCGGUUAUUCAUCAGGAGAUGGUGGGAGCUAUCACAGGAGUCUCAAAAGACGUUGCACUUACAGCCUUUGUCCUCAUUUCUAUGCUGGAAAGUGAAAAGACCUGCACUCCACAUGUAAAUAACCUGAAGAUCAGUAUUGAGAAGGGGACCAGCUUCUUGUUGGGUCAAUUUCCAGGUCUCAAAAAACCAUACGAUAUCGCUAUUACUUCAUAUGCUCUUGCUAUAGCUGGGGCGAUAGAUCAUCCAGAGAAGCUUCUUUCUGCAGCCACAGACAAAGUUAAAUGGGAAGAGCCUAGUUCCCGUUUCAUCACCAUUGAGGCCACAUCCUACGCUCUUCUGUCUCUCUUGCGCCUGAAGGUUUAUGAUCUAACUGGUCCAAUUGUGCGAUGGAUAAAUGAUCAAAGAUAUUAUGGAGCAGUUUAUGGGUCCACUCAAGCUACCAUUGUGAUGUUCCAAGCCUUGGCUCAAUAUCAGAUGGACAUCCCAGCUCUAAAUGAGAUUGAUCUAGAUGUGUCCCUCAGUCUCCCAGAAAGGCAGGCUCCAAUAAAGUACCGAAUCAAUCUGGAAAAUGCUUUGCUUUCACGUUCUGCUGAGACCAGAUUGAACAAAGAGUUCAUUGUCAAAGCCCAGGGCAAAGGGCAAGGAACAUUGACGGUUAUGUCAGUUUACCAUGCUCUUGUGACAGAGAAAGAAAAGGAAUGCAAAAACUUUGAUCUUACAGUUAACGUUAAGGAAGAACACUUAGUACGUAAUGCUCCAGAAGGUGCUUUCCAAACAUUAUCACUUGAGAUUUGUGCAAGACAUCUUAAAGAAAAUGAUGCAACCAUGUCUAUCUUGGAUGUUUCAAUGAUGACUGGAUUUGCCCCUGAUGUUGACAGCCUCAACAAGCUAAUGAAAGGAGUGGAUAAAUAUAUCUCCAAGUUUGAGUAUAACAAAGAAGCCACUGAUAAGGGAUCACUCAUCAUCUAUCUGGAUAAGAUCUCACACAAAGAACAGGAAUGCAUCAAAUUCAAUGUUCACCAGAUCUUUAAAGUUGGUCUCAUCCAGCCUGCAUCUGUCACUGUUUACGACUAUUACACCCCCGAAAGCCGUUGCGCUAAAUUCUAUCAUGUGGACAAGGACAGCAGUUUAUUAGGCACAAUCUGUCAAAAUGAUGUGUGCCGAUGUGCCGAAGAGAAUUGUUUCUUGCAGCAACAGCUGGAAGGGGAAAUUGAUGCAGCAGAACGACUGGAAAGAGCGUGUGCACCAGGAGUGGACUAUGUUUUCAAGGCGCGUCUGGAAGAAAUUCAGAAAAAUGUUAACUAUGACAACUAUGUGAUGACGAUAGUCAGUGUCAUCAAGGAAGGAACAGACGAAAAUGUUUUAGACAAAAAGAGGAAUUUUGUCAGUCAUAUAAAGUGCCGCAAAGCCUUAAAUCUGAAACAAGGGCGCGAUUACCUGAUCUGGGGAGUAAGAGGUGACCUUUGGGACCAGCCCUCUGGCUAUUCCUAUAUUAUUGGAAAAGAUACAUGGAUCGAAUGGUGGCCGAAUGAUAGAGAGUGUCAAAAUCCAGAAAACAGGAACCAAUGUGACGAUUUUGCUGAUCUUUCUGAUAACCUAGAGAUUAAUGGAUGUCCUUCAUAAGAACAGAACCUCACAAUCUUCUCCUCCUCCUCCUCCUCUGUCCACUUUUAACUAUCGUAGAUAUUUCUGAUGUAAUGUUUUAUAAAGCAAUAAAGCUUUCAUUUUCCAUU